AUGGAGGGAACGUGGGGGUACCUCGUUGUGGACCGCCGCGUGGGGAGGAUUUGUGGACCGUUCUCGUUCCUACGUCGGCCUGCUAGAUACACGACCCCGACACUAAGGAGGAAGACCCCGACAGAGCACAAGCACGCUCAAACGCUGUCAGUCGAUUCCGAGGCUUUUGUUUCUUCCGUGGUGCAGUCUGGCUCGAGCCACCUGUACCGCCAGUUCGUCGUUCUAUCGUAG